AUGCCCGGCCAGAGCCACGCUCAGAGGAAGAGACUAACACGAACACAUCAAGAGGAACCAGAACCCAGCUGUGUGUCCUUUAAGAGCAACUGGUCAAAGAAUAAAUUCAUCGACUUCAAAUCUUCUGGACCUGCGUCCUCAGAGAGGAUUCCUAAGAGACUGACACGAACACAUCAAGAGGAACCAGAACCCAGCUGUGUGUCCUUUAAGAGCGACUGGUCAAAGAAUCAAUUCAUUGACUUCAAAUCUUCUGGACCUCCGUCCUCAGAGAGAGUGGACCAGCAGAAAUCAGAGGUUCCCAGAGGUCCGUCUGCCCGGCAGCAUCAAACCCAGCUGGACUCCAUAUUUAUGCUGCUGGAGGACAACAUUGUCACUUUUGUGAAGAACGAGCUGAAGAAGAUCCAGAAGGUUCUGAGUCCAGAUGACCCAGACUGCUCAGAGAGUCAGAGAGAUGAGGAGGAGGUGUUGGAAGGUGAGGAUGAAGAGCAGAGGAGGAGCAGCAGAGAGGCACUGAUGAAGAUCACUCUGAACUUCCUGAGGAGGAUGAAGCAGGAGGAGCUGGCUGAUCGUCUGCAGAGCAAACAUCUUGCUGCAGUUCAACAUAAACUCAAAUCUAGUCUGAGGAAGAAGUUCCAGUGUGUGUUUGAGGGGAUCGCUAAAGCAGGAAGUCCAACCCUUCUGAACCAGAUCUACACAGAGCUCUACAUCACAGAGGGAGGAUCUGGAGAGGUCAAUGAUGAACAUGAGGUCAGACAGAUUGAAACAGCAUCCAGGAAACCACACAGACCAGAAACAACCAUCAGACAAGAAGACAUCUUUAAAGUCCCACCUGGAGAAGAUCAACCAAUCAGAACAGUGAUGACAAAGGGAGUGGCUGGCAUUGGGAAAACAGUCUUAACCCAGAAGUUCACUCUGGACUGGGCUGAAGACAAAGCCCACCAGAACAUCCACUUCAUAUUUCCAUUCACCUUCAGAGAGCUGAAUGUGCUGAAAGAAAAAAAGUUCAGCUUGGUGGACCUUGUUCAUCACUUCUUUACUGAAAGCAAAGACGUCUGCAGCUUUGAACACUUCCAGGUUCUGUUCAUCUUUGAUGGUCUGGAUGAGAGUCGACUUCCUCUGGACUUCCAGAACCAGGAGAUCCUGACUGAUGCUACAGAGUCCACCUCAGUGGAUGUUCUGCUGACAAACCUCAUCAGGGGGAAACUGCUUCCCUCUGCUCGCCUCUGGAUAACCACACGACCUGCAGCAGCCAAUCAGAUCCCUCCUGAGUGUGUUGGCAUGGUGACAGAGGUCAGAGGGUUCACUGACCCACAGAAAGAGGAGUACUUCAGGAAGAGAUUCAGAGAUGAGGAGCAGGCCAGGAGGAUCAUCUCCCACAUGAAGACAUCAAGAAGCCUCCACAUCAUGUGCCACAUCCCAGUCUUCUGCUGGAUCACUGCUACGGUUCUGGAGGACGUGUUGAAGACCAGAAAGGGAGGAGAGCUGCCCAGCACCCUGACUGAGAUGUACAUCCACUUCCUGGUGGUUCAGACCAAAGUGAAGAAGGUCAAGUAUGAUGGAGGAGCUGAAACAGAUCCACACUGGAGUCCAGAGAGCAGGAAGAUGAUUGAGUCUCUGGGAACACUGGCUUUUGAUCAGCUGCAGAAAGGAAACCUGAUCUUCUAUGAAUCAGACCUGACAGAGUGUGGCAUCGAUAUCAAAGCAGCCUCAGUGUACUCAGGAGUGUUCACUCAGGUCUUUAAAGAGGAGAGAGGGCUGUACCAGGACAAGGUGUUCUGCUUCAUCCAUCUGAGUGUUCAGGAGUUUCUGGCUGCUCUUCAUGUUCAUCUCACUUUCAUAAACUCUGGUGUCAACCCCAUGGGAAAAAAGCAAACAGCUAAGAGGUCUUCAUUUUCUAAGAAACCUAAACUAAAGUCUCUUCACCAGACAGCUGUUGAUCAGGCCUUACAGAGUCCAAAUGGACACCUGGACUUGUUCCUCCGGUUCCUCCUGGGACUUUCACUGCAGACCAAUCAGAGACUCCUACAAGAUCUGCUGACACAGACAGGAAGUAGCUCACAGACCAUUCAGGAAACAGUUGAGUACAUCAAGGAGAGGAUCAGUGAGAAUGUGUCUGCAGAGAAAAGCAUCAAUCUGUUCCACUGUCUGAAUGAACUGAAGGAUCGUUCUCUAGUGGAGGAGAUCCAACAGUCUCUGAGUUCAGGACGUCUCUCCACAGAUGAACUGUCUCCUGCUCAGUGGUCAGCUCUGGGUUUCAUCUUAGUGUCAUCAGCAGAAGAUCUGGAUGUGUUUGACCUGAAGAAAUACUCAGCUUCAGAGGAGGUUCUCCUGAGGCUGCUGACAGUGGUUAAAGCCUCCAACAAAGCUCUACUGAGUGGCUGUAACCUCUCAGAGAGAAGCUGUGAAGCUCUGUCCUCAAUUCUCAGCUCCCAGUCCUCCAGUCUCAGAGAACUGGACCUGAGGAACAACAACCUGCAGGAUUCAGGAGUGAAGCUUCUCUCUGCUGGACUGGAGAGUCCAAAUUGCAAACUGGAAACUCUCAGCUUGUCAGGCUGUCUGGUCUCAGAGGAAGGCUGUGCUUCUCUGGUCUCCGCUCUGAGCUCCAACCCCUCCCAUCUGAAAGAGUUGGACCUGAGCUACAAUCAUCCAGGAGACUCAGGAAUGAAGCUGCUGUCGGCUGGACGGAAGGAUCCACACUGGAGACUGGAAGGUCUCAGUGUUUCAUUCCUCCAUCUCUCGCGGACUUCCUGUUUGCGCCUUAGCCUCAUAAUGGCUUCUCCUUCCUGUUGCCUGGCCAAAGUUGAUGUGCAGACGAAUGAUUUCAGUGAAAGUGGAAAGAAUGGAUUAUUUAUUGGAGUAAAACAACCAUCAGACAAGAAGACAUCUUUAAAACUGAGUGGCUGUAACCUCUCAGAGAGAAGCUGUGAAGCUCUGUCCUCAGUUCUCAGCUCCCAGUCCUCCAGUCUCAGAGAAUUGGACCUGAGUAACAACAACCUGCAGGAUUCAGGAGUGAAGCUUCUCUCUGCUGGACUGGAGAGUCCAAAGUGCAAACUGGAAACUCUCAGACUGAGUGGCUGUAACCUCUCAGAGAGAAGCUGUGAAGCUCUGUCCUCAGUUCUCAGCUCCCAGUCCUCCAGUCUCAGAGAACUGGACCUGAGUAACAACAACCUGCAGGAUUCAGGAGUGAAGCUUCUCUCUGCUGGACUGGAGAGUCCAAACUGCAAACUGCAAACUCUCAGCUUGUCAGGCUGCCUGGUCUCAGAGGAAGGCUGUGCUUCUCUGGUCUCUGCUCUGAGCUCCAACCCUUCCCAUCUGAAGGAGUUGGACCUGAGCUACAAUCAUCCAGGAGACUUAGGAGUGAAUCUGCUGUCGGCUGGACUGAAGGAUCCACGCUGGAGACUGGAAGCUCCCAGGGUGGAGCCUGCUGGAGUCCGAUGGUUGACACCAGGUCUGAGGAAGUAUUCCUGUCAUCUCACAAUCGACACAAACACAGUGAGCAGAAAACUCAAACUGUCUGAAGACAACAGGAAGGUGACAUGUGUGGAGGAGCUUCAGUCAUAUCCUGAUCAUCCAGACAGAUUUGAUGUUCCUCAGCUGCUGUGUAGAGAUGGUCUGACUGGUCGCUGUUACUGGGAGGUUGAGUGGAGAGGAGACGUUUAUAUAUCAGUGAGUUACAGAAGAAUCAUGAGGAGAGGAAACAGUGGAGAUUGUUGGUUUGGACUGAAUGAUCAGUCCUGGAGGCUGAGAUGCUCUGAUGAUGGUUACUCUGUCUAUCACAAUAACAGAGGAACAUCUAUCUCUUCCUCCUCCUCCUCCUCCGUCUCCAACAGAGUAGCAGUGUAUGUGGACUGUCCUGCUGGUAUUCUGUCCUUCUACAGAGUCUCCUCUGACUCACUGAUCCACCUCCACACCUUCAACACCACAUUCACUGAACCUCUAUAUCCUGGCUUUGGGUUCUGGUGGCUCAGUCCUGGUUCCUCAGUGUUUCUGUGCUGAUUGAGUCUAAAGAGUCUCCUCCUGUCAGAGAAAGCCUCUCCCUGUU